AAAGUGAUUGUUUGUCAGUGACUUUAAGUACUAAAGACCUUAGAAGCUCUUCACAACAUUCACAUCUUUCUUCAAACUCUCAAGGACAAUGGAAGAACUGCAACCCUCGCAUUCAGAUACAUCCGUCUCCAUGAUGGGGCUGUCAAUGUCCCGCAGUGGAGGCACUUCUAGCUCAGCCCUGAAACGUGGGCCCCCUUCCUCAUUCGAAGGACUUGAGGACGAGACGAGCAAGAAGCGGUUCAAGGAGGAUUUGGGAAAUGAGCCAGAUAUUGAGAAGUCUGUCGCUAAACCAUAUUAUGAGGCCCUAGCAGAGGAUCUUGCUCAAGAACUUCAAUGCGGUUGUUGCACUGAGCUGGUGUACCGACCAGUGGUCGUAUCCCCUUGUCAGCACUUCUUCUGCGGCAGCUGUUGCGUUUUGUGGAUUCGUAAUGGAGGUACGAAUUGUCCUGCAUGUCGAGGGGUAUCCACUAUCGUUACACCAUCACGCCCACUGCAAUCGAUCGUCGAUAUUCUUUUGCGUGCUGAUCCAUCACGAGAGCGCGCUGAACGAGAACGAAUUCAAGCGGAUGAGGUAUACAAGGCUGGAUGUUCUAUGAGAAUCCCAACGCCACGAGAGGCGUCCCCGGAACCCAACCUGAAUCAAAACGCGGAUUAUGUUCGCCCUUGUCCUCAUUGUGCGCCUGAUAAUGCAUUCGGUUGGAGGUGCCCUCAACCCGUCAUCGAUUACGGCGUCGAUCCAGAGCGUGCGUGGCACUUGGAUGACGGUAAUCCGCCUGGUCAUGCGUUUUGCGGAAACUGCGAAAAUCUUCUCGCCUUGCGCGCUCCUUCUACAACAAAAUGUGACCUAUGUCAGGUCUCAUUUUGCGGCGUUGGUGUACCAGGGCGUUGCUUGGCGGCACCUCUGCUGUCUCAACACCCUCACAAUAUGUCUGACCUGGGUGAUCUCAUCCAAUCAUCUGAAGUUUAUGGAUGCUUCGAUCAUAAUACCGUCGAGGUCGAUAUCAUGCUUGAUUACCUGACCGCUCAAGAAAUAUCACCUCGGCAUAUUUAUCGCGAGGUUGCAUCACACAUCCUCUCCCAACCUAAUGGUUUCCGCCCCCUGAUAGAGCUCGACUUGUUCGUGGAUAUCCACAGCGUCACCGCUGGGAUUGAUGAGAAUCCAGAUGCGCCGAGAAAUAGGAUAUGUAGACAAUGUGCUACAGAAGUCAUGCUCUGGGGUAUCAAGGACUGGUGGAUACGAGAAAGGCAGAAGGGUUUUCUCCAGGAAACUGUGACGCGUCGACCUGACUGUAAGGAAGGCACCUCCUGCAGCAGACAGAAAGAUCUCGGUGAGUGGAUUGUUGUUUGGAGAAACAUGUUCAAAGUUCACUCAACGCUGGCUACAGCGCAUGCAAGGGAAUAUAAUCACAUCAUCGCCCCCCGUUUUUCGGGAGAUUCGGUCUUUUCCACCGAUGCAUCAAUGACAGGUACUCAAGGCAGCCCACCCGUCUUUGCUGCCAUAACUGCCGAUGCCGCUAGGCAAUUAGAGCCGGAGAUGGCGGAAAGUCGAGGCAAUGCAACAGUGACAGAUCUCCCUACAAACUCCUUUCUGAUUGAUGGACUAUGAGGAUCACCCUUUCCCCUCUUCACCUUAGUAACUACAACGAGCUUAAUACUGUGACGGAGUUCAGGUUGCAUGUGAAAAAAUCUUCACCGUGAUUAUGGCUAGCUCAGAUGUCAUUGGCACCACGGAUUUCAUGUCUCCCUUUCUCUUUCCAAUUCUAAUAGUCAUUUUAUCGUUAUCUUCA